AUGAGGAGUGUUCCCAAAGACACCCUGUCAGCCAAAUCUAUCACCUUAAUGGGAUUCUCUGGGGAAAAACAUACUCUGCCCAUAACUAAGCCACUACUCACACAGAUCGGAAAUCAGAUGGUGAAACAUCCAUUUGUGCACUCACCUACCGUGCCUAUGAAUUUAUUAGGGAGAGAUCUCCUAGUUAAACUAGGUGCAUCCAUACUGUGUAGUGCAGAUGGACUACUGAUAACACUUCCAGAUGGAACACAACUGCCGUGCUCGGAGCAGCUGACUCCGGGGCAAUACCUCCUCCAGCCCUUGAAUGAAGAAUAUGCAGACAUAUACUGGGGCCGGUUACAACCGGAAACCACAGAACAGGGUGGGAUUCUUUCAUCCUACCUACAGUGGAAACCCUGGAUAGCCCUCAUGGAACCAUACCUCACACCCCCAGACCCACCCCAUGUCACCCUGUUUUAUGAUAGGAUGCAAACCGAUUGGUAUCAGGACAAUUUCCAAGACCAAUUAGAGGGCCAUGAAUGGACCAUCGAGUCCAGAAACAUUUAUGUAGCACCAGAGGGGGUAGCGGCAGCAGUAGUCUUAACUGAGGAACAAUCCUCCUGGUACAUGAUGUCAGAGGAGGCAGCACCCCAUGUUUCAUUGGCUCUGCAUCCUCAACAUCAGGCCAAGGAGUUAGGGGGAAUAAUCAAAAGAGCAUUGACACAGACUGAUUGGAUAGAUACCACCAUUCCACAGAUCCAAUACUCUUCAGCAGCAAAAACCUAUCGCAUUAACGUCACAGGCACAGACACAGCAACCCUAGAACAUCUACAAAUCACUAGGCAGCAUGGUAGGGAACUAACAGAUCACCACCUAGCGGCGGGCAUGAUAGACACACUCCCAUCACAUCUGUGGGCACAAGGACCGACUGAUGUCGGUGUAGUAGAUUGUACACCCAUCACCUUUAAAGUACAAUCAGGGGAACCUCUAUGGAUAAGGCAGUAUCCUCACAAACCUCAAGCUGAGGCAGGGAUUAGCGACACCAUAGAGGGUCUCCUGGAAAAGGGGGUGUUGGAAGCCUCACAGUCACACUGGAACACCCCCAUUUUACCUGUAGAAAAGAAAGGGACAGGUAAAUACCGCAUGGCACAUGAUUUAAGGGCAAUCAAUGGCAUCCUGACCACUCCCACAGUCCCUGUACCAAAUCCAUACGUAGCAUUAGCCAACCUAGAUCCAUCACACAGUUGGUUCACAUGUAUUGAUUUGGCUAACGCUUUCUUCUGCCUACCAUUAGCCAUGGAAUGCAGAGACAUCUUCUCAUUUUCCUAUCGCGGACAGCAGCUCCGCUACACCCGUCUACCUCAAGGCUUCGCAUUAUCCCCUGGUAUCUUUAACCAAACCCUUAAGACACUCCUAAGGGAUUGCCCCCUGCCCACAGGCGUCACUUUAGUACAGUAUGUAGAUGACUUACUACUAGCGGCGCCCGCUGCUACCUCCUGCCUCGAAGCCACUCGUUUAGUGUUACAACAUCUGGCUAAAACUGGAUUUAAAGUCAGCAAAGCCAAGUUGCAGGUGGCCCGCAAACAGGUCUCGUUUCUGGGACGUAUGAUUUCACAAAAGGGGGCCAGCAUGUCCCCCCAGCAUCGUUCCACCAUACUCCAUCACCCGAAACCACAGAAGGUUAAAGACAUGCUCUCCUUUCUCGGACUGACAGGCUAUAGUAGGAAUUACAUAGCUGACUAUACAGGACUCACCAAACCCCUGAGGGAACUGGUGAAAGACAAAGGCAUGAGAAAUCUUGGUGCCAAUUUAGACUGGACUCAGAAAGCAGAGGCUGUUUUCAUUGCCCUUAAACAGGCACUGGCUACAGCUGCCGAAUUGGCAAUUCCUGACUACAGCUCACCCUUUUAUUUGGAUGUCUCUGGAACAGAACACUGCACUAAUGGCAUUCUGUUCCAGAGAAAAGGGGGAGUAAGGACUGUACUAAUGUACAUCAGUGUAAUGUUGGACAGUCUGGAAAAAAGACAUCCACAAUGCACUCAACACGCGACAGGAGUAGCCAAACUGAUACAAAAAACAGCACACAUCGUCAUGGGACAUCAGCUACAGGUAUUGACAACACAUAGUGUCGUAGCUUACGUAAACUCACAAACAUUUACGCUAACACCAUUGAGACAGCGACGACUAAGUAAGAUCCUAGAGGCACCUAAUAUCUCCUUUACACACGAAGGGAUUAACAUGGCAGAUCAGAUAGGCUCAGGAGAACCACAUGAAUGCACAGGGAGAGUGUACAAAGAAGAGAAAGUGAGACCAGACUUACAGGCAGAACCAAUACAAGGGGCAAAGAACUUGUACACAGAUGGAUGUUGUUUCAGACAUGACCAAGAAGGACUGAAAGCGGCAUACGCUGUAAUAGAAGAGAUACAAGGAGAGAUGAUAACCAGAAAAGCAGAAAUGCUAGAAGGACAGCAGUCAGCACAAAGGGCGGAAGUUAUAGCGGUAAUAGAGGCCCUAAAACUCGGACAAGGUCAGGACAUCAACAUUUUCACAGAUUCAGCGUACGCAGUAGGAGCAGUACACGUAGAAUUAGGACAAUGGAUGAGGAUAGGAUUUCUGACCGCAACCAAUAAACCCAUCAAACACGAGAAAGAAAUGAAAGAACUAGCUGAGGCCCUGUUGCUUCCCAACAGUGUGGCAGUCAUAAAAUGUAGAGGACAUGACAGUAGCAAUACACUAGUGGCCAAAGGAAAUGAGGCUGCAGACAGAGCAGCAAAGCAAGCUGCAGGGUACGAGGUGAAGGCAGUAAUGAUGACCUCAGAGACAGAGGUAGGGACGGACCCCAACUCUGGCACAGAGAAGCUAGGACAGUUACAGCCACAGGCCUCUCCACAGGAAAAAACACGGCAGGAAGCCAGGGGGGCCAUCGAUAAGACAGGAACGGACCCCAACGCUGGCACAGAAAAGUUAGGACGGUUACAGGCACAAGCAUCUCCACAGGAAAAAACACUAUGGAAAGCCAGGGGGGCCAUCGAAGUAGAAAAGGUAUGGCGGGGACCGGAUGGACGGCUCAUCCUACCCCCCGGGAUAAGACAAAACACAUUACUGGAAGCGCACGGAGUGGGGCAUGUGGGGGUGGCUCAAAUGAUGAGGAAUUUGGAAAAUUGGUGGCAUCCAUAUCUCAAAGAUAUGGCACACAAUUUUGUAAAAACUUGUGAAGUAUGUAACCAGUAUAACACCAGACCAACCAUCAAACCAUCGCCAGGUAAAUAUCCUCUAGAAGCAAAGGCAGGGAAAGAAAUAAUCAUUGACUACACAGAUAUGAUAACCCCAGUUAGAGGUUACAGGUAUGUAUUGAUGUGUGUGGAUGCUUAUACCGGGUGGCCAGAAGCCUGGCCUACUAAAAAAGAGGAUAGCAAAUCAGUGGUGAAGUUUCUGAUCAACCAAUACAUCCCUAGACAUGGAUUUCCUGCGAGAGUCCGAUCAGAUAAUGGGACUCACUUUAAGAAUCAGGAUCUACAGGAAGUGGAAGGGAUGUUAGGGUUGAAACAUAGGUUUGGUACAGUAUAUCACCCACAGUCCCAGGGAAAGGUAGAAAGAAUGAACCAAACGGUAAAAAACAAAUUGGCAAAAAUCUGUGCACAGACCAAAAUGAAUUGGCUAGACGCAUUACCACUGGCGCUCCUCUCCAUUAGGAGUUCAGUGAAUCAGGGUACAGGAUUCACACCGCAUGAGUUACAGACAGGUAGGGCCUUUCCAGGACCCCAAUCCAAGCUAUCGGGAGCACUAGAUGAUGAUCAACGUCUAACCACUAAAGCAUAUUUCCAUGAACUGCAGGGUCUCGUUUCAGCUUUUUCCAAACAGGUAGCCAGCAGGAGCGAAGGAGAAGCCACGACCACGUCACCAGAGACAGGGUGGGUCCUGCUGAGGGUCAUCAAACGCAAGUGGUCGGAGCCAAGGUGGACAGGUCCGUACGAGGUGGUCGAGAGAACAACCCACGCGGUACGGCUGAGAGGAAAAGGUGACACCUGGUUCCACUGGAGUCAGUGCGCGGCGGCAGAAGAACCACAACGAUCCCUAACAGAGAUCUUCGGGUCUCUACAAGCUGAGAGCACUGGGCUGGCUAGCCCAGAAGACAAGACCACUGACAAAGGGGCAGAAUAA